GCAAAAUUGAGAGACGGAUGAAGCAACAACCAUACACGUGCACGCGUGACGGACUUAACGUAUUAUAUCCGGCCUCUUUGAACUCUCUACUAAGCUUGUGACCGAGGUGAAAUCGCGCAUCAGCCGCCUGACUCUAUUCUGAGAUUAGAGAGCAUCUCCAUCUCAAAGAAAGCAUCGCAGAACGCAUCACAACAGUGAUCAUACAAGCUAAGAGGCCAAACUCAAGAUGUCGUUGAAACAGUGUUGCGCUACUGGUUCGCUCCACACAGGCACGCCGACCGGUCGGGUUGAGAAGCUACAUGGCUUGAAUGUGUAUAUCGCCGAGCCGCCAGCCGGCACAACUGCGAAAGGCAUUGUGGUCAUCAUCCAUGAUGCUUUUGGCAUCGAAUUGCCGAACAAUCGCAUCCUGGCCGACGCAUAUGCCAAAGAGGGCGGCUUCAAGGUCUUGCUGCCAGAAUUCUUUGUACCCGGUACUGGAGUUCCUGCUUCGGCUCUCCUUUCCUUGUCCGCUUUUAACGCGAAGGGCUUCUCCGCUCAAAUCGCUAAAGUCGGCCAUGCUAUCACCCUUGCUCGGACGAUGAUUCCGUUCAUUUUCUACAACCGUCCAUCUGCCGCCGAGCCCAGAGUCUAUGGAUUUCUCCAGGCAUUGAAGCAACAUGAAGCCGCGAACUUGCCUGUUGGCGUCGCUGGCUUCUGCUGGGGUGGGUACUUCGUCGCCAAAAUCUGCUCGGGCGUCUUGCAGCCUGUGGACCCCACGUCCCCGCCAGUGGUCGCCUGCGGCUUCACCGCUCACCCGUCGUUCUUGAAGUACCCGAAAGACAUCGAGGCUGUGAAAUUACCCUUUGCUGUAGCUGCCUCCGAGCACGAUAUUCAGAUGUCGCCUGCGAAUGCCAAAUCCACGCGCGAAAUUCUCGAGCGUAAAAACAAGGAGAAUUUGGCAGCCGGCACCAGCGCUACUGUUCAGCACGAGUUUGUGCUGUACGAAGGUGCACACCACGGCUUUGCCGUUCGUGCCGACGAGGACGCGACGCAUGAGGCCGAGCAGGGCAAGAAAGCAGAGGCACAGGCCAUCGCUUGGUUCACUAAAUGGUUUCCUGAAGCUUGAAACACAUCACCAGUUCGAUUCACACCCGCCGCUCUUGUCUCGGCCGCCGCGUGGGUCGCAAUUGGAUGUUCAGUCUAAAAAUGGGCUACUUUUGAAUGAGAAGACGUCCUUCAUCAUGCGGUCCACUCGCCUGGUUGGUCGGAACAUUUCACAUGCAGUACGUUCUUGAAUGGAAUCAGCAGUGAUGUUUCGCCCGAUAUACUACUCGAUCCGAACAAUAUUUUUCUCUCAUCGAUCGCACCUGGGACACCCCAACUGGAAUAGCCUCUAGGUAUGCUGAACUACCGCUUUCGUCUAACACGCAUUAACCAUAUUCCACGUCUGGUGUCCAGUAUAGCUUCAUGUCUGCUGAUUUAUGACGACGCUCGCGUCAUGGACUUCAAAUAUGGCUCUUAGCUCGAUCUUCCCGAAACUUCGAAGCUCUGUCUUCACAUGCAAGCCGGUUUGAAGUAUGUCUGAAAUGG